UACGUCAGCAGCUAUUUGUGCGCGCUCCCGCGGCCUCGGCUCCGGCGCUGUUUUCGCUCCGUGUGGCGCAGGAUCUGCGAGGAGGCAGCGGUAGUCAGGGUGUGACAUGGCCACCUUUCAGGAGUUCAUCCAGCAGAACGAGGACCGCGAUGGCGUGCGCUUCAGCUGGAAUGUGUGGCCCUCGAGCCGCCUGGAAGCCACGCGCAUGGUCGUGCCUGUGGCCGUCCUCUUCACCCCGCUGAAGGAGCGCCCGGACCUGCCCCCCAUCCAGUAUGAACCAGUGCUGUGCAGCAGGGCCACGUGCCGGGCUGUGCUCAACCCCCUCUGUCAAGUGGACUACAGAGCAAAACUGUGGGCAUGCAAUUUCUGUUACCAGCGUAAUCAGUUUCCUCCAACGUAUGCUGGAAUUUCGGAGAUGAACCAACCAGCUGAGCUCCUUCCGCAAUUCUCCACCAUUGAAUAUGUAGUCCAGAGAGGUCCCCAGAUGCCCUUAAUCUUCCUUUAUGUGGUGGACACGUGCAUGGAGGACGAUGACCUACAGGCCCUGAAAGAGUCCUUGCAGAUGUCCCUGAGUCUGCUUCCCCCCACUGCCCUGGUGGGUCUCAUCACCUUCGGCCGUAUGAUUCAGGUUCACGAGCUCGGGUGCGAGGGCAUCUCCAAGAGCUACGUCUUCAGGGGAACCAAAGACCUGAGUGCUAAACAGUUACAGGAUAUGCUUGGACUGACGAAACCAGCUGGGACGCAGGCAGGGCGUGGGCCACAGGUGCCACAGGCUCCCCCAUCUAACAGGUUUCUGCAGCCAGUUCAGAGGAUUGACAUGAAUCUGACCGACCUCCUGGGAGAACUGCAGCGCGACCCCUGGCCCGUCACUCAGGGCAAGAGGCCCCUUCGAUCUUUAGGGGUUGCGCUGUCCAUCGCUGUGGGCUUACUGGAGUGCACCUUCCCCAACACAGGGGCCCGCAUCAUGACCUUCAUCGGUGGGCCAGCAACCCAGGGUCCCGGUAUGGUGGUGGGGGAUGAGCUGAAGAGUCCAAUCCGCUCUUGGCAUGACAUUGAGAAGGACAAUGCCAAGUUCAUGAAGAAAGCCACUAAACACUACGAAGCCCUCGCAAACCGGGCUUCCGCCAAUGGCCACAUCAUUGACAUCUACGCCUGUGCCCUGGACCAGACUGGCCUGCUGGAGAUGAAGUGCUGUGCCAAUCACACUGGAGGUUACAUGGUGAUGGCAGACUCCUUCAAUACAUCCUUGUUCAAGCAGACCUUCCAGAGGGUCUUCAACAAAGAUGUGCAGGGAUCUUUUAAAAUGGCUUUUGCAGGAACCCUUGAGAUAAAGACCUCCAGAGAGCUGAAAGUGUCUGGAGCCAUCGGUCCAUGUGUGUCUCUAAAUGCCAAAGGACCCUGCGUAUCAGAAAAUGAAAUUGGAACAGGAGGAACGUGCCAGUGGAAGAUUUGUGGAUUGGACCAGAACUCCACUCUGGCCCUUUACUUUGAGGUUGUGAACCAGCACAACGCACCCAUACCGCAGGGUGGUCGAGGGGCUGUCCAGUUUGUGACCCAGUACCAGCAUUCCAGCGGACAGAGACGAAUUCGUGUCACCACCAUCGCCAGGAACUGGGCUGAUGCUCAAACCCAGAUCCAGAGUAUUGCUGCUUCGUUUGACCAGGAGGCCUCUGCUAUACUCAUGGCACGACUGGCUGUGUACCGGGCCGAGACAGAAGAAGGUCCUGAUGUCCUUCGCUGGCUGGACAGGCAGCUCAUCCGUCUGUGCCAGAAAUUUGGAGAUUACCAUAAAGAUGAUCCAAAUUCAUUUCGGUUUUCUGAAACUUUCUCUUUGUACCCACAGUUCAUGUUCCACCUGAGGAGAUCACCCUUUCUGCAAGUGUUCAACAACAGCCCAGAUGAGAGCUCAUACUAUAGACACCACUUUAUGCGCCAGGACCUGACCCAGUCCCUCAUCAUGAUACAGCCUAUACUGUAUGCUUACUCCUUCAACGGCCCCCCAGAACCAGUUUUGCUGGACAGCAGCAGCAUCUUGCCAGAUCGCAUUCUGCUGAUGGAUACAUUCUUCCAGAUCCUCAUCUACCAUGGCGAGACGGUGGCUCAGUGGCGCAAGGCUGGGUACCAGGAAAUGCCAGAGUACGAGAACUUCCGGCAUCUCUUGCAAGCCCCGGUGGAUGACGCUCAGGAGAUCCUACACAGCCGGUUCCCUAUGCCACGCUACAUUGACACAGAGCAUGGGGGUAGUCAAGCACGUUUUCUGUUAUCGAAAGUAAACCCCUCACAGACCCACAACAACAUGUAUGCUUGGGGCCAGGAGUCAGGGGCUCCAAUUUUGACAGAUGAUGUGAGUCUCCAGGUGUUCAUGGACCACCUGAAAAAGCUGGCAGUAUCUAGUGCUGCCUAAGUAACCCAACGGACCUCUUUGUUCUCUAACCUGCAUCCCACAGUGUAGACCUACCCAUGAUCCACCACGACAAGCUAUGAGCUGUAUGUCAGUUUACUGAAUGUCAGAAGAACAGCGUGUUUGGCCUGUUUGUAAACCUGAAUGAAAGGAACAAAUCCACAGCUUCUUUUUCUGUCUUUAGUCCUUUUCAGCACAUUUUUCUCAAUGUAUGCAGAGUAGGUUUUGGGUCCCUUAUUCUACAUGCUAAUGAGAUUAUAAUGACAAACUAAAUACAAGUCAAUUCAGCAAGUUGCAGUGAGGAAGUAGGGCAGGUAAUAUAGGCGAUACCCAGGUCUCCUUUAAUAUUAACACUACAAAAGGUGUUUUUCCAAAUGCUGAGUCAUCACACUUCAGUGAUAUAUAAAGUAUAUAUAUUUUUUGUUUGAACUGGAUGUUUUCCUGCCAUAAGAGAACUGCCAAGCUAAGAGCAGUACAAGGAGUCAUUGCACUUUACAUGGCAAAAACCUCUUCUAAAUUCCUCUGAAUCACAUGCUUAAUCUUUAGACAUUAUGAAAUGUGAACCAUUCUAAUUAUAUGUGCUACCAAAUCUUCAGCUCAUGAUGCCCUUUAUAUAUAGAUUUGAAUACUUCCACUCAAAUAAUUCAGUGUGUCUUGUUUGUUGCACAUUGCAAUACAUGUUUAGAACUUUUAAAGGUACAGCUUCAUAAUGGCUUUGUUUAUCUUGAGAAGUUUCAGUGGAUUAAAGCCUGUGGUUUUCAAAACAGACUUGUAAAGAAUGAAAGCUGCCUUCAUGUACCUAUGAUACUUCUUCUUUUUGUGUAAUGGCAGUAUCAAGCGGCGUUUUGAAUAAAAUGCCUCGCUGACAUGCUGCCGCCUUUGUAGCACUCCAUGGGCUAAAUGAAUGAGUGUUGGCUUUGAUUUCUCCCACGCCCGACUAAACUGAGCUCUAUCAAGGACUGUCCUUGUUCUUUCAUUCUGUUUGCACUUAAAGCGUGCUAUAUGUUGGAUGUGGUUCUAGGCAGUGUUAACGU